AUGUCGCCACACCAGAUGACGACCUACGACAGGUCAAUGCAGAAGCUUACCAUCGUCGCAGAGCUACAAAACAGGAUACCUAUUGAUUUUGAUCAGCAUGAGCGAUCAAGCACGCCUACCGAGAGCGAAAUCAGUGACAAUGCUACCGAGAAUGCUCCUACCGCUAUGAAUGCCUUUGCCUCUAUAAAUGUCCCUGCCUCUAAAAAUGUUCCUGCCGCUAUGAAAGUUCCUGCCGUUGCGAGAAUUCCUACCCCUACCCCAACUAUCGUAGACCCGGUCGUCGCAGACAAAGCCGCUGGCCCAGCACCUAUUACGUCGAAAGAUAAACGUGGUUGCGUGUCCACAAAAGCCGAGCUAGAUGGAAGAGGACCCUAUCUAUACAAAUGGGAAUAUGUAUUAUUCUCUACGACCAACGACCCUCCAGAGCUGCCUGGUACAUUCGUGAAUCGUGAACAAGCCAAUGCCAAACUGGCUGAAAUAAUGCACCACGAUGACACCAAAGGUGGCAUGGCCGCCCUAACCCGCAGCGUCGUCUAUGAAUAUACCCCAUCCAAAUUACUCAAAGUCACGCGCACGCUGACCAACGGCGAAGAGCGCGUCCUAUGGGUCGAGAGGCGUCUUGUGAAUCUCCAGCACGACCUCACCAAGAAGGAGCGCGCGCUCAAGAAGUGGUCUGCCAAUAGGCCCAAGCUACCCCUCUAUAUCGUGGAGUGCGAAUUCAUGACGCGAACGACCACGGAAACACCCCAGCAGGUCCUCGGAGAGGAGAGCGAUGAUGGCUCGAUUCCCGCCGUGCUGCCUCACGAGCAAGUAGGCGCUUUCAGCGGCGAAAUCGAACUGUACCGUCUACCGCUAGUCAUAUUCACGGAGAGAGAGCUAGCCAACGAACACGCUCGCACUCUGUUCCUUGAACACUCGAGGAUUAAGGAGGAGAUCCGACGGCCGAUAGAUGAUUAUUGGUGGGCUCAGCACGCGGUGGUUAUUCACGAGGAAGCAGACAAGGCGGCGAGAAUGCCUGAUGCGCUGUAUGUCGCGGAGAUGUACACGCACGAUAUGAAUACGAGGCUGGGUUUUGACAUGAUUAGGGUGGCGGUGCAUGCGGUGGAUGAUGUGAAUGGGCCGUUGAAUACCUAGAAGGCAUCAUGCUUGUGCUAGACGGGCCAAGAGCUUCAACGGGGAGGGGUUUCGCGGUGGUUUGCAGAUAGGAGGCAAUGCUAGGGUUAUGGGCAAUAUGGGUUGAUUUAAAGCUGAGUUC